CAUUUGCGCCCUGGCCUCAGCCCUAACAUGUUUCUUGUCUACAAGGAGUGUUAGGAAAAAUGGGUAGCUCACAAAGCCUCCUCUUCGUUUAUUCUUGAUACCUUGCUUCUGUGUUCCUCUGGAAUGCCACUCGGCUUACACCUCUGGUUUCUGGGAGCUGCCGUGGAUGGGCAGUUGCGACAGCACUAUGGGACUGAGUACCACUCUCUUUGUGAUGGUCUUCCUGUUCUUCGGUGUUGCUUCCAUGAAGAAUCUGGCAUAUUUCAAUGAGACUGGAUAUCUUCCCUGCCACUUUACCAACUCUCAAAACAUAAGCCUGGGUGAGCUGGUAGUAUUUUGGCAGAACCAGGAUAAGUUGGUUCUGUAUGAGUUCUACAGAGGCAAAGAAAAUCCUGAGAAUGUUGAUCCAGAUUACAAGGGCCGCACAAGCCUGGACAAGGAUAAUUGGACCCUGAGACUCCACAACGUUCAGAUCAAGGACAAGGGCUUGUAUCAGUGUUUCGUCCAUCACAAAGGGGCCAGUGGAUUGGUUUCCCUCCACCAAAUGAAUAUUGACCUGUCAGUGCUUGCUAACUUCAGUCAGCCUGAAAUAAUGCUAACUUCUAACAGAACAGGAAAUUCUGACGUCGUGAAUUUGACCUGCUCAUCUGCACAAGGUUACCCAGAACCUAAGAAGAUGUUUUUUUGGCAAACAACCAUGAAUUCAACUAGGGAGCAUGAUUCUGUCAUGAAUAUAUUUCAAAAUAAUGUCACAGGAUUAUACAAUGUUUCUAUCAGCUUGUCUUUAUCAAUAUCUCCUGAAAAGAACGCGAGCAUCCUCUGUGGCCUGCAACCUGAGCCACCACAGACACAGCUUCUCUCCCCACCUUACAUUAUAGGUGCAAAGCCAACGGAGCCACCCCUACCUGCCCUAGAACCUGUCGUGACUGCCUCUGUGUUAAUACCAUUGAUCAUCUUUCUGUGUGGGAUAGUUUUCUGUGUAAGACUAAAGAAAAGGAAGAAGCAGCAGCCUGGCCCGGCUCAUGGACGUGAAGCCAUCAAAGCAGAAGGAGAAGAAAGUAAACAGACUGAGGAAAGAGUAGAAAACCGUGUACCCGAAAGAUCUGAUGAAGCCCAGUGUGUUGUUAACAGUUUGAAGAUGGCCUCGAGUGACAGAAGUGCUGCACACUUUUGAUUAAAGAGUAAAGUCCAUUUGACUGUCCAUUGUCCAAGUCACAUGUGGAUUGGUUCCUCUAUUUUUUUUCCUUUUUUAAAUUAAACUUAUUGACGUGACAUUGGGCAACAAGA